AUGUCCCUCCCCCGUAUCUCUUUCCUGGAAGGAUGGGAGCGCACUCCAGCCGCAGCCUUCCUGCGGGGUCGAACGGACGAUCCCCAGUCAGACACCGAGUCCGACGCUUAUCAGGACCUCCCGGACGAUGCUUCGAUAGCAUCAUCGUUCCCUUCAACGUAUAGCAGACUCAAUUUCAAUCCCUAUGCGGGACCUGGAUGGAGUGAGAGCGCGGUGGACGAUCGCGACGAUCGACCCUCGCUGCUGGGAUCGCUGGGUCUCUCCCCCACGACGACACGGGAGACAACUCGGGCGGAACCCGAGCGGGGACUGUCGUCCCCGACGCCUCCCGUGGCAGUGCUGCACAAAGAGCCACCCCGAUUGUCCAAUACGUUGGGUGCUUUUGAAGUGAGCCCUGCACGACGAAUUGUCCAGGUUUGUUUGGCUGUGAUCUACUGCUUUCUCGCCGCAGGUGUGGUAUUCGGCUUUGCGGCGCUGAAGCCAGUCCUUAUCAAGGAGCAUGUAUAUGGUAAUCUUUGCACCCGGGAGGAGCUUGAUAAUGAUGUUGCGGUCUGUUCAGGGCAAGAAAUCAAGCUGAACUUGAUGUUUACUAUUGCCGCCGUCGUCACCAAUAUCGUAGCUCUGCCGGUAGGAACUAUCCUAGAUGCAUACGGGCCCCGGGUGAGUGGCAUCACCGGCAGUGUCUGUUUAGCCAGUGGUGCCACCAUGUUUGCUCUGGCUGAGAGAUUGCCUUUUGACGGGUACAUCCCCGGAUACUUGCUGCUAUCCCUCGGAGGACCAUUCGUCUUCAUCUCCUCUUUCCAACUAUCAAACACGUUCCCCAAACGGUCAGGAUUGAUCCUGUCGAUGAUGACCGGCGCCUUCGACGCCUCAAGCGCACUCUUCCUAAUCUUCCGCCUGCUAAACGAAGCAACGGACGGUCUCGUCUCUACCCGGACAUUCUUCCUGGCAUACCUGAUAGUCCCCGUCUUCAUCAUCGCAGUCCAACUAACGGUCAUGCCAUCAACAUCCUACAAGACCGCCGGCGAACUAGUCCAACAAGCCGGAGCCCAAGUCGUGGACGAAAUGCACGACCGCAUAGACGAUCGCAUCCACGACCGCAACGAAGGCGAACGCCAACGAGUCAUCCGCCGAGAACACCGCCAAAGCAUCGUCCACCGCAUCCACGACCUCCUCGACGACGGCACAGCCUCGAUAGUCUCUGCCGCAGGAAUCAACGAUUCAGUCUUCAACUCCCCCCUCCGUCCGUCCAGUCCCUUACAAGAAACCAACUACCCCAACCAACCACCCACCCCCAAACAAAAGCCCAUCCAACCCCUGCCCCCAAACCAACCAAACACCCACUCAAGCGGCGUCUGGGGCGUCCUCCACGGCCAAAGCGCCCUCCACCAACUCCAAACCCCCUGGUUCAUCCUAAUAGCCCUCUUCACAAUCCUAAUGAUGCUCCGCAUAAACUACUUCGUCGCCACCCUCCGCUCCCAGUACACCUUCCUGCUCCACUCCCGGGAUCAAGCCGCCCAAAUCAACGGGCUCUUCGACAUCGCCCUCCCCAUAGGCGGCCUCCUCUCCAUCCCCUUCAUCGGCACGUUCCUCGACAAAUUCCAAACGCGCACCGUCCUCGCAAUCCUCGUCUGCACCGCGACUCUCAUCGGGGUCCUGGGCUGUAUCCCGGAUAGUCUGCCCGCGGCGUAUGGCAAUAUUGCGCUGUUCGUCCUGUACAGACCGUUCUAUUAUACCGCCGUCUCGGAUUAUGCGGCCAAGGUGUUUGGCUUUCAGACUUUUGGCAAGGUGUACGGGUUGGUUAUUUGUUUGGCUGGGUUGGGCAAUUUCGCGCAGGCGGGGCUUGAUACGCUUACGCUGAAGCGGUUUAAUGGGGAUCCGAUUCCUGUGAAUGCCGUGUUGACGGGGUUGGUUGGGGUCGUGGGUCUUGCGUUGGUUGGGUUUGUGAGUUGGAAGACUGUUUCUAUUCGGGCAGAGGGAAUUAAGAGUGGUGGUGGUGGUGGUGGUGGUGGUGGUGGAGGAAGGGAGGAUACGGCCGAAGCGAGUCGGAGUCAGAAUAAUGUUGGUGUGACUACGAGAGAUUGGGAACGACAGCCCCUGUUGAGUGGUGCAGCCGGUGAGAGUGGUACACAGGGGCAGAGAGGAUACGGUUCGUGA